UUCAACAGUCAGCUGCGGGGAGCGCAUUUCACAGGGGCAGCGCUGACUCUGUAACGCGCGCGCGCGCACACAAACACUCAUGCAGUUACGGAACUCUCAGACACACACACCGGCGCGCUCGCACACUGACACACUCCCACCAUACACACACUGUCUCCAACGCUCCCUCCAGCAGACACACACAUUUCCCCUGAACCGGAUUGCCUCUCUUCUUUAGCGGACAGGACAAACUGCUCCGAGGAUUUAACUUGGCUUUCUAGGGAGCGAGAUCAGACAGACGAGGGACAGAAGAGGGAUUUUAUUUUCUUUGGGAAAGGGGGACACCUUUCUUCACGGGAAAUGGUCAACUUCUCAGCAUGACACCGUGUCUGGAUUCCCCUCUCCCCCUCAGGCAAAAAUCCUGAAAAUGAUGGAUGACAACAAGCAGUUGGCCCAGCGCAUCGAUGGGGCCAUCCAGUCGGCCAGCCAGGAGGUGACCAACCUGCGGUCGGAGCUGAGCGCCACCAGCCGCAGACUGGCCGAACUGGGGGCCACGGACUCCUCCGUCAGCAUGCUCGAGACCCGGCAGCACAACCACAACGAUCCCUCUCCCCAUGCCAGACAAAAACCGCCAGCAGCUGACCUCAGCUACAAGACUGAAAUCAGCAGCCUCAUGGACUUCAACUCUCCGGACGCUUCCCUGGACAAAGUCCUGCUGCGCGAGGAGGUGGCUCAGCUCCAGGAGGAGGUGCACCUGCUGCGGCAGAUGAAGGACAUGUUGAGUAAAGACCUGGAGGAGACCCAGGGAGGAUGCUCGGCCGACGUGCUCUCCGCCACCGAGCUACGCGUGCAGCUGACUCAGAAGGAGCAGGAGCUGGACCGAGCCAAGGAGGCUCUGCAAGCCAUGAAGUCGGACCGGAAGCGUCUGAAGGCGGAGAAGGCCGACCUGGUGAACCAGAUGCAGCAGCUUUACGCCACACUGGAGAGCCGGGAGGAGCAGCUCCGUGACUUCAUACGCAACUAUGAGCAGCACAGAAAAGAGAGCGAGGAUGCGGUGAAGGCGCUGGCAAAGGAGAAGGACCUGUUGGAGAGGGAGAAGUGGGACCUGCGGCGGCAGACCAAGGAGGCCACGGAGCACACGGGGAUGCUGCGCUCACAGCUCGACCUCAAGGAGAAUCGCAUCAAGGAGCUGGAAGCUGAGCUGGCCAUGAUGAGUAACUGUGUCAAUCAGAGAAUGGAGUUCCGGGUGUUUGAGCGUCUUGCGGACAGGGACUACUCAUCUAGGUUCAUGGCGGCCAAACAGUCACUAGCCACCCUGACCAAGGACGUGCCCAAGCGUCACUCGCUGGCCAUGCCCAUGGAGACUGUGGUGAACGGUAACAACCAGGAGUGGGUGAUGCAGGCGGACCUUCCCCUGACGGCUGCCAUCAGACAGAGUCAGCAGACCCUGUAUGUCCACACCGGGCAUCCCACCGACCGACAAGUGGCGGCCGUGCGGCUGAGCCCUUGCCACUCGCGUCAGCCCUCCAUCAUCUCCGACGCCUCGGCGCUGGAGGGGGACCGGUCGUCCACACCAAGCGACAUCAACUCGCCACGCCAUCGGACUCACUCCCUCUGCAAUUCCCUAGAAGAUCUGGAGGAGGCGAAGCGCAAGAAGAAGAAAGAGAAGAUGGGGCUGGGCUCACUGUCGCGUGUCUUCGCCCGGGGGAAGCAGCGCAAGUCCCUCGACCCUGGUUUGUUUGAUGGUACUUCAACACCUGAUUAUUACAUUGAGGAAGAUGCAGACUGGUAGAGCACACAUGUCCGAGCGGACCACCUGGAGGGCCGUUGUGGCAAAUUAUCAGAAGACAGAGCUGUGUUGCAGCGAGCGUGCAUGUGUGUGCAAGAGGACGGGUGUGUGUUUGACGUCAGCGUGUACAGAUCUAAUAAUGUGUGUGCCUGUGCAAGCUCACACGCAUUGCAUACUUGCGUGUGCACGUGUGUGAGAGUGUGUGCAUGUGUGUCGUCCAUGGUCGGAGGCCAUGUCAGAAGCCGGGGGCGCGUCUUGCUUCGCUGAAGUGAAAACCUGACCGAGCAAAUUGCACCUGUGUGUACGUGCGGUUGUGUAAAUAGAGUGAACAGUGUGACACAGCGACCACAUGGAUGUGUUCUAUUGUAUCUGCCCUCCAAAGCGGCUGUGUUAUUGGAUCUUUUAAUUGCUCUUUACAUUUUGACUUUUUGUUUUCACUCAACUGGAAACUUGAAGGACUGCUGUACUUGUAAAUAACAACAGUUGAUGUGCACUCUGUGCGUGUAAAUGUCUCCUCGUCCUGAAUGCCUUUUGUUAUUUUUGACAUGUACCCCCCACCCCCCCUCCUCCCACUACCUUUUUAACUUAAACUCCUCCCUGUUUAUUGUCCUGCCUGGUCCACCCCCCUCCUCCCACACUGCCAUGACGAGAACAGUUUCCUGUAGGCGACAUGCAGACUCCUCAAAUCCACCUCCAGCGCGGUUGCACGACACAUCCAUCAACCGCCAAGAAAACUGUGCAGAGGCACUCCUUGAUGUUUUUGUCCAAUGAGACUUCAAAGACGUGGCUCAGCGAGGACUGAACUUUCUAUGCAGAACCGUUUGUUCCGCAGCAACAUGACGCCAAACAGGAAAUGUAAGAAAUGUGUUUUCUAUCUGUCAGGAUAGAAGGUACAUGUGUGACAUGCAUGCACGUAGUCCCAGUCCACAAACGCAUGUUCAACCAAACCCUUCUAAACACUAAUGUCUUUCUCUGGCUAUGUUGUCGAGAUGGUGACAAAACUGUCUGUUUAAAAGAACAGAACAAAAAGAGAGGUCAGUUACUGAUUUCACGGUGUUUAUUCAUGAUUUCCUCCAUUUGAAAUUAAGUGAUGAAAAAGACAUUUGAAAAAGCUUAACAUCCCAAACUAAAUGUUUUUUAAUCUGCACCUACCAGCUCUUCAUGCUAAAUUACCUUUGAAACCGAAGAGGUCAACAAGGUCAACAGUCCCUCACGUGCUACGUUUUGGAAGAUGAAAUAGUUAUUCCACUCCUUCAUGGGGCUUUGUGCCCGUCUCUCUCUGUGAGAUCUUACAGUAGCUUCCGGCUAUUGUUUUAUGAACACUUAGAAAGGCUGUUGGAAGUAGAGUUACUCUUAAGAUAAUCUAAAAAAAAAACUAUUAUCUCAAAAUUAGCGAUAACAUCAACAUCAAUUAUACAAACACAGUAAAUAUUAGAUUGAUUACCUCUUCUUCAAACCCCAGGAAUUAGGUCAUUUUACCAGAUAAUCACAGCUUCACUUUAGCGGCCUGAUGAUGGAGCAGACCUUCAGUGAACUGCUUUAACAAUAGCAAGUGCCAGUUCAAGCCAUUGCUGCAAAAGAAAAAAAAGAAGCAAUUAACUCUGUGCCAAAGGUUAAUAGCGUUUCUUCAGGCAAAAGAAUAACUUAAAGACAUUGGAUUAUUUUCAUCCGUGCGUUGGAUUGAGCCGGAGUCUGCACUGCCCCGCCAGGAAGUCGUUUCUCUCUCUGGUAUUAAAACUAACACUGGGUAUUUGCUGGUCUCACCUGAGACACUGUAGAGUCACCGAUUAUGUUGGAGCUGUAUUUAACCACAAUGCUUGUCAAAAGAGAGUGCCCGUGUAAGCAGUGAGGGGAUUAUCAUUUAACCCUGAGCUCAUCCUACGCUCGGGCUCGCAGAUCCAGGAGCGAAUCGCUGAGGUGAUUCCAAGAUUAGUCGUCAUGUAUUAAAUGAUAUGUAUAAGAACAACAGCUCAACCAGUUUAUCUCAUUACACAUUCAAUGACAUGUAUAAACUCGAGGCUACUUUUAUUUUGUUCAUGUAACCGACAUGCUCCUCUGCUGAUGGAGGGGGGUGGGGGGGGGGGACAAACGUAUCAAUCGAAAAAUAUUGUAUCAGUUUAUGUUUUGAGCCAGGGUCUUUUUUGUCCUUUUCUUUUUCCCGCGGAUAUUUUCCUUUUUGUAAAUGAGAUAACACUGCAGAAAUGAAAUUAUUAAUAUUAUUAUGAAAGAGUUUUAUUUAAAGUCAAAGAUGUAGGCCUCGUUGGAGGGCUUCUACCAUGAGGUCCUGAGAUGUUUAGAAGUGGCUAGUAGCAGACUUUUAAAGGCAUGGCAAAAAAAAUGACCCUCAAAAGAACUAAAUGAGAAAAAUAAGAUUAUUUUAAAAUAAAAUAAGUAUCGAUGAA